AUGGAAGGGGGAGGGAAUGUCAAGGUCGUAGUCCGAGUGAGAGCAUUUCUCAAGAGAGAACUUGAACGCCAGGCAAAAUGUCUGAUCCAAAUGGACCCCAUCACUCAACUCACAACACUAUCCGCACCCGAUGAUCCUGACCCAGAGGCUGCAAAGCUUAAGGCCAAGAAGGUCAUCGAGGAGAAGAAGUUUACUUUCGAUAACUCCUUCUGGAGUCAUGACACUGACGACAAGCACUACGCCACUCAGGAAGACGUUUACAACAGCCUUGGCGAGGACUUCCUCGAUCACAACUUCGAAGGCUACCACACGUGUAUCUUUGCCUACGGACAGACUGGAUCUGGAAAGAGUUACACCAUGAUGGGCACUCCAGACCAGCCUGGCCUGAUUCCUCGGACUUGCGAGGAUCUCUUUGAGCGUAUCGACGCCGCACACUGCGAGAACUCAAACGUCGCCUAUAAUGUUCGCGUCUCGUACUUUGAAGUCUACAAUGAGCACGUCCGUGACCUCCUCGUUCCUCCUCAAACGCACAAGGCGCCCAAUUAUCUCAAGAUUCGCGAAUCUCCCACCGAAGGUCCAUACGUCAAGGAUCUUACCGAGGUGCCCGUGCGAAACAUCAAUGAGAUUCUGCGGUACAUGAAAUUGGGCGAUACAUCUCGUACAGUAGCGAGCACAAAGAUGAACGAUACAAGUAGUCGAAGUCACGCUGUUUUCACAAUCAUGCUGAAACAAAUCCACCACGAUAUGGAAACCGACGAGACGACAGAGCGAAGCUCUCGCAUUCGACUGGUGGAUCUGGCUGGUAGCGAGAGGGCCAAGGCCACCGAGGCUACCGGUGCGCGAUUACGUGAAGGUAGCAACAUCAACAAAUCACUGACCACGCUGGGACGUGUCAUUGCUGCUCUAGCGGACCCCAAGGCCGGAAGGGGUGGAAAGCGAAAAGAGGUUGUCCCAUAUCGAGACUCGAUCCUCACCUGGCUUCUCAAAGACUCACUAGGCGGAAACAGCAAGACGGCCAUGAUUGCCUGCAUCGCACCCUCAGACUACGAUGAAACCCUUUCCACGCUGCGAUAUGCCGACCAAGCCAAACGGAUCCGGACUAGAGCUGUUGUCAACCAGGACCACAUAUCAACAGCCGAGCGAGACGCACAGAUUGCUGCCAUGGCGGAGGAAAUCCGUAUUCUGCAGCUUUCCGUAUCAGACUCGAGACAGCGUGAGAAGAACGCCAAGGAAGCUGAGGACAAACUGGAGGAGUACCAGACUCAUGUCAACUCUAUGCAGCGCAUGAUGGAGGAGCGCAGCAUGGUAGCUGAGAGCAAGAUCAAGAAGCUUCAGACGGAGAAUGAGGCCUUGAAAUUGCAUCUGAAGCUCGCUAUCGAAAGCCUCAAGAACCCUAUUCCUCCUGUUGUCGUAAAGCCAGAACGAGAAGUCGACGAGCAGGACAAAGAGAAUGCCUCCGAAUAUAGUGAGUACGAUGACGAUCAGUACGAUUCGGAGAGCACAGCGUACGGCGAGGAUGAGUUGCAAGAAGAAAUGCAGCAGUACCUCCAGGAUAUGGGUAACUUGAGGAAGUUGAUGCAAGGGGACUUGACGAGGUUUAAGAAUGAGAACAGCGCGAGAAUGCCACUGGGCGCAAAGGAAAACCUCUGA